UUUGUUUCUGAUUUCAUACUGAGUCACAUCGCCGGUCAGACUGCGUUCAUCGUGGCGGCCUUUUACUUGUCGGAUAUUUCUCAGUUGUAUUCUUUGGUAGUAGACGUGGAUAUUUACGUUCUCUCCUGAAUGUUGACAAUUAACAAUUAUUGAAAGAUCUGUCAGACAGUACCGAGUUUCAAAUGAAAGUGAACUUCUCUUUCCAUCUUCAUGCAUGAAGUGAGCUUGUUUAUCAGUCAUCUGUCACAUGAAACGAGGGACAAUUAUUGGAAGAUUAACAGAAAAGCUAUUGAUGUUGCGUGUAUUGUUUGAUCAUCGCCACGUAUACCAUGGAGUCACAAAAAGGACUUAGCAGAGCUAGACAUUUCGACCAACAAGCUAACCCGAGACCUGAUUUCCAAGACGCAUCAUUUAUGCCUCAUCACAACCUGGCAAAAUCAGCAAGGCGCCCUCAGCCAUCAUUUAUAAUUCAGACCAGUCUUUACGUGUUUGUUGCCAUGGUGAUAAUGGCAUGUGCCCUGAUACAUCUUUUCAUCUAUCGACGAAGAAGGAAAGCUAAGAAGAAGAAGCAGCACACUUAUGAGAACACAAAUCCGGGGAAAUCAGGCCGAUCUUUUCUGAUUGAAUCAAAGCUUUUCGAGAAGAAAGCUAAGACGACAUCCAAAGUAACCAACCCCGAAGUACACUACAAAGAACCUGCCAAAGCCCUGUGUUACAGUAUUGUAGAUAUCACUGACAAUGUAUCAACCAAGGAACACUUCACCCAGCAUCUUACACAGUCAACGACAGUGCCGAUGAGGCAACAUUUGAACCAUCUACGGAAGUCUGAACCUGAUUUGAGGAAGUCUGGUGAUUAUUACGAGAGCAUCCAGAUCCCUCCGCAGCAAUCCCAAGACAAUCGGAAAGGAUUUGCCUCGAAUGCAAAGAGCAAGGCCAGCGAAGCCACGGCGAAGUUAAAAAAGUUUGGCGCGAACAAGAAGACAAAGCUACAGAGGACAUUUCAGUCAUUGACGAACCUUUGUGUGACAAAUCUAGACAGUUGUGAGGAUCUUUCAAAGGGGAAGGAUACAUCGAAAUGCGAUUACAAUCGAUUAAUGACGCCCCCAUCACAGUUGGGGCGAUCGGUUGGAAACAUCUAUGACACACUGAGCAGACAAAAUCCUUGGAAGCUAGCCUCAAGAGGGCAUGAUAGGUACGAAGAUAUUGAAGUUCAAAUUCUAAAAGACGAAAAACUCUCUAAAAAGGACGAGAAGAAGGGUUACCAAUCAAUAUCCAUUCCCAAAUACUGUCCGGAAAAGGGGCAAUAUAAAGAAGGACCGUUUCCACUGACGGGACUAGCUGGAUCGAAAACUCCAAAAUGGCGCUGUAAUCGUUUCUGGAGACAAAGUAAAUCGUCUGAAUACGACCAUGUUGAGUUGAAACUUCCAAUGUGUACCAAAUCUAGUCGUAAGCCAUCGGUGGCACCCAAACGAUUUAGUCCGAUCUAUUUCACCCUGGACCCUUCGUUGAAGCCAUUAUCUAAGAGAACUCACUUUAACAAUAUAUAAGUGAAACGAUACUUUCUCCGCUAUUUAUUAUCAUUCCUCUUUUACUCAACAUAUUAAAAAUGGUUUGAACUUGAGUUUCUAACUUUCCAUGUAACAAUGUGCCACGGCCCACAGUUUCAUGGCACUAAUCGUUUGCCAUAUCACUAUUUCUUUUCUUAACCACGUUGGUAGAAAGUUUGUCAACGAUUAGUGUGAGUGUUAUAAGCAACAACUCCAGACAUCAAAAUCUCGAAAGCCAAACCGUCAACGGUUAUUGGAAUAACUGCCUGCAGAGAAGCUAAAUUGUUUCGGUCUAACACCAUUAUAAUCUAGUGUUAAUCAUGUACUUUAAUUAUCACUUCGUAUAAUACCAUCUUAGGCGUUUAUUUGUCGUAUAAUGAAUUGAUCCAAUUGACACUACUGACAUUUGGUUUAGAUCCACGUUGCGUAAUGACCAUGUGUUCUAUUAGUAUAUUUUCUUUUGGAUAAGUGUUGUAGAUCAGGAGGUUAGAAGACAAAAUGAUUCCUGUAUUAUUCAAAAGUCAUGCAAAAUGUGAUCAGUGGCAAUAAGACGGGGGGGGGGGGAUGUAAGACAUUAUGAGAUAUGCUUGAUUUAAAAUUGAAUGUAACGUUUUGUACGCCAUAGACUUACAAUUACAUUUAAUCAUAAAAUUAGUCGUAUCUUUUAUGUUGAAGGGGCCCAGAUCAAAACACUGUGCAGUUGUGUGCGGGAAUGACUGAUUGAAUCCGAUGACCGGCGACCGGGGUAAUAACAUACCUGCAAAGCGCUUAGACACGUCGUGCCGAUCUAUUAAGCCCUAUAUAAAGUGGAAUAUAAUUAUUAAAACGUCUAUCAUAAAAUACCUCGUUAAAUGCUCAACAUGCUCAAUGCUGUUUGAUCAUGCUGGCUGGGACAGAACCGGUAUUAGACGAGGACUAGUGGAUUUAGACCAGUCGGUCAUAUAAAUGACUCAUCAUCAUACACACAGAAUAGAAUUAUUGGGACAAUGAUAGCUCUGGACAGCAAACAGAAAGGAAAUGUGUUGACUCAUUACCAGUCACCUUGGUAAGGUAAACCGUUGCCCUGCCAAAAAACUUUAUUGUCUUCUUAUUACAUGCCAUUAACAAUAUAUUUUAAUGACGAUUGAAUAUACUUUCAGUGAUAAAAUAGCUAUAAUUACAUCCAAACAUUUACUGUGCUAAUCCCACAUACUCUUACACAAACAAACACAGGCCCGAAUAUCUCCGCUUAUUAGCGUCCGAUAAAAUGAUAUGCAGUAGGUAUGUUUAUUUAUUUAUUUUUUUGUUUAUUAAUGGAUUUACGUAUUUAUUAUUGUGCUCAUUCAUUUACUCACAUAUUUAUUUAUUCAUUUAUUUGUUUAUUUGUUAAUGCUUUUAGGGGAAUACUUUAUUUUUUUUAUUUUGGAUGAGGGGGCUUAGUCAUUGAAUAUUUAAUAAUCUGCACCCAAUUCAUAUUUUUUUUCUCAAUCUUGGCAUAAUUAUGAAGCACAACUAUUACAUACCAGGCAUAUAAAAUUACUUGAAAUAAAGUCGGGACUUGGAGUUAAAGACGAAGCCUCUGCAUUGCCUUGAUAUCCAAUAUGAAAAGCUCAUUGCCCCCAUAAAACGUCGUUUUUUUAUUUUUAAAUUAUAAUUCCUAAACACAACUCAAAAUUGCGUUGUCAAACAACAAACUGGGAGUGACACUAUCUGCAACUGACAAUCUAGAAACAAACGUGAUCUAUAUUCUUUAUAGAUACGUCAAUAUGAAGAGAUGAGAUUAAGGUAUAUUGGGUGUCUUUUUAAGGUAAGGUGAGCGCUGAUCUCCAUAGCACGGCGUCUCCGGUACAGACAUACUGAACGGACAUGGACCCCGGGUUCAAUGGCUUCAAAAACUUUCACUCAUAAAGAACCUUCUAGAGUCUGGAGAUUGUAUUUGGGACUCGAGGUUGCCAUAGUAAUAGGACAUUGUAAUCUUGUCACUUCGUGUUCAUAAUUAAUCAGCACAAUUUUUUUCGUGUAUCACGAAUUUUUUUUAUCGUAUCACGAUAACAACGGAUUUUAAGAUGUGAGUCUAAUAAAGAUUCUUGUAAAACGAUUAAAACCUAACAUUUUAAAAUGAAAUGCAAACUUGUCAAUAGAUUUAAUCUAGCAUACAUGAAUGAAUAGAACGUGUUUUCUUUUGCUUGAAUAAACUUUGAGAAAGUUUUUACUGUCAAGGUCCAAGUUAUCAUGAUAAUAUUACCACCACGACUGCAGAAUACAUGCGGCUCAUAAGAUAUGAAAUGUAAUGUAAUUACAUAAAAACGGACAUUAAACUAUUGCUGGGCAAAAUGUAUGGAAAGAAAUGUUAUUCUUAUGAAAAUAAUUUGAUAUUUAAGGUAAGUAUAGUUCAAUGAUGUCUUAUAUAAUUUAAGGCGGAAGGACGAGAAAAGACGCACUGGCUGUGGAUUUGAACAAAAUAAUUGUAUUUUUUGUUUAACAUGAAAAGUACUUAUAAAAUACACUUAUUCUAUAUGAUCAUGAUGAUGUAUCAGCGCAUG